UAGCAGAGAGCGGGAAGAACAGUAGCGGCGGCGUUUUGGAGGGUUUCGGAAGCAAGAGAGAAGGAAAAGAGGAGCAAGGCGAAGCAAAGCAACCAUGGUGAGCUACGAUGCCGAGGGCGUGGCGCUGGCGAUCCUUCUCUUCAUCGUGGCGGGCAUUUGCGAGGUUGGAGGGGGCUGGCUGGUGUGGAAGUGGAGGCGCGAGGGAUGGAGCUGGGCCUUCUUCAUCCUGGGCUCCAUUCUGCUAGUGGUGUAUGGGAUCAUCCCCACGCUCCAGAGGCAGACGUUUGCGCGGACCUUUGCGGCGUAUGGUGGGUUUUUCAUUGUGCUGUCGCUGGUGUGGGGCUGGAUCACCGAGGGCGCGCGGCCGGAUGUGUGGGACGUGGUUGGAUCGAUCGUUGCUUUGAUCGGGGUCUCCAUGAUCAUGUUUGCCAGGAGAUAGGAAAAUCUUACUCUUGAAAAUAUCUUUUCACUGUU